CUUCGUACAUGUACCACUUGGAAUCAAUAGGUAUCACCUCCAAGGCAACUCUGUAAUUAAUGAUAUCGAGAUAAAUCAGACAACCAAUAUGUUCGAGCCACUUCUCGAAGCAGCUCGAAAAAUUGAUAAUACGAGCCUACUUCUGGAAUGUCCAGAACAUAUUCUGCCGGCUGUACCAGAUGAAUUUUCUUUGGACCACGUCAGGACGUUCAUUGCAGAAACACAUGAUAGAUCGGACUCUACUGCUGUCUUGUCGGCUAUCUAUGUCGCAAUAAGGUCCAACAAAUUGGCAUCACAGCCUAGCGAUGAUGGCGAAUAUCAGAGUGUACUCGAAGAUAUUAUUUUGAAGGUGGGCCGAAUAUUGGUUCCCAUUUGCUCGGGCACCACAUUCGAUGAAGACUCAACCGACUAUACACUUUUAUCGAAAAAUGGUCUGCUCGGCCUACAUAUCAUUGGUCUACUUUUGGCUCUCAAGCCUGGAGGCACCUUGGUGCUUCCAACUGAAACACUCCUCUCUAUCAUCGCAUUCACAAAUCCAGAUGACCCCUGGAGCUCAAGCUCCAGUGCCAAGCUCGCUCACACCCUCCUUACAGAAUACUUCAAGAACAUCUCGCCACCAAAAUCUCAGCAAGCUCCCACCCCAUUUCCUUUCCAGCGCUCUCGAGAUGCAGUGGCGGAGAGAAAACCAAGUGAAAAGCCACCAAAGACAGAACAAGAAUGCUUCAUAACCGAAGACAUAUUGACAGGUUUUCUCCGGCCGUUGUUCGCAAGGUCCCGCCCGGCAACAGUGACGGCGUCCGGGCGCCCAGCCGCCUUCCCCGAGAAGUCUUCCCGCUACACACAAGGCGAUGGCUUCGGAACGGACGACGUCGCUUCCCGGAAGCCGUGGAAGUACACGCGGCGCUACGCCGUGACACUAUUCGAGUGGUCCGUGGCCAACUCGAACGCCCAUCUCUUUCAGGAGCACUGGCCUCUCUUCACUCCCGUCCUUCUAACGCUUCUCGACGAGCCGCAGCCAACAUCUCUGAGGCUCCGCGCGCUGUCAAUCUUCAGAGACUUUUGGCAGUCAUGUCCAGAUGGCCUGCUCGUUCGCACCGGUCUGGCCGAGGUCUUCGAGCAGGCCAUUUUCCCGACAGUCUUGAACUUACCGAGUCUUACACCCGAGGCCGAAUCAUGUGAUUUACUAGCCGCCGCGUAUCCCGCACUAUUUGACCUCGCUGGUCUCGGAGAUCUAGAUAAAGCAGGGGUUGAAAAUGAAAGUGCAGACGCCGGGCUACCAAAUACAGCUGACCAAAAACAGAGCGACAGAAGAGAUCUUCAAAGCAAGGGGUUUUCUGAGAGUCAGCGGAAAUUACUCGACAAGAUAUUCAGAGAAGGUAUCAUGGUCGGAUAUCACCAUGCAAAAGAACAUAUCCGACUCGUCGAUUUCUUGUGCCAAACGCUAUGCCGCCUAGUGAGCGGCAUGGGUAUAUUAUCAAUCAAGUAUCUAAAGGACAUCGUUCCCAUGAUUUCAGAGAUCCUUGUCGACCCAUUCGGCACCAAAUACCCACCAAUGCUUCUGUCUGCCACGCAUCUCUUACAUGCAGUCCUGCAAACAUGCUGGCCUCGAAUUCCACAUUACUGCAAUGAGAUUAUCAGAAUUGUCAUGCUAGCUUGGUUGAAUAUCGAAGAUGAGGAUGCAUUCCCAGCCGACGUGCAAAUCAAGGCAGAGUUGAAGCAACAACUGAUCAAAACGGUUGAGAUGCUCUCUGCGAUUAUGGCAGCAGCCAAACUAGACAUGUCCGAUCGAGUAUGCCCACUCGUGGCCAAGGAACCACAACUCCGCUCCCUUUUCAAUAGCCACGAAACGAGAUAAAGAUCUCUACCGAGAUGCGAAAAGUGCCGACAAAACUAGGGCGAUUUGGAGGAGUCAUCUAUUGCAUCAGCUGAUG